ACCAUCGUGCAACAGUAAAAUUAACAAGAAGGGAACUGUUCCUUUCUUGUAUUGGCUCCCAUGAAUUUUACUCCCUAGAGAUGUGGAGGGCAGCUACUACAGAGUUAGUAGCAACAGCCUGCCUUAUAUUUACUCUAACAACUUCAAUUAUCUCAUGCUUGAAUUCUCAUGAGGCUGAACCUAAGCUUCUUGUUCCUUUCGCCGUGUUCAUUAUUGCCUUCCUCUUUCUCAUGGUGACGGUUCCGCUUUCCGGGGGCCAUAUGAGCCCAGUCUUCACCUUCAUUGCUGCUUUGAAAGGUAUCAUAACUCUUGCAAGAGCUGCCAUAUAUGUGUUUGCUCAAUGCUUAGGCUCAAUCAUAAGUUUUGUUAUAAUGAGUAGUGUAAUGAGCCAGAAUGCAGCACAGAAGUACUUUUAUGGUGGGUGUAUAAUUGAAGGAAAUGGGGAAACAAGGGGAAUUGAUGCAGAAACUGCUUUAAUUCUGGAGUUUACAUGCACAUUUGUGGUACUAUUUGUUGGUGUAACAGUGGCAUUUGAUAAGAGAAGGUGCAAGGAACUUGGGUUGGGAAUGGUUUGUGGUAUAGUAGCAGGGGCAAUGGCAAUUGCAGUUUUUGUGUCCAUAACAAUAACCGGGGAGGCUGGAUAUUCAGGGGUGGGCUUGAACCCAGCCAGGUGCCUAGGUCCAGCGUUGAUUCAUGGAGGCUCAUUAUGGGAAGGGCAUUGGGUAUUCUGGGUAGGUCCUUUUGUUGCUUGCAUUGUUUAUUACGGUUACACGAAAACCUUACCAAGAGAAGGUUUAUUGUGGGAUACAUCCGACUAUGAUUUCAUAAGUUUGGUGAGGGCCUUUAUCAGUGGAACUGCCAUUCCACCUCAUCUCCAAGAUAAAAGUAAAGAUAUCAAUACAAAUAUGUAG